GCCGACCUGUCAGCCCAUAAAUCCAAUCUAAAGCUGUUAAAACAAUAAAAGAGUGGUAUAGAUAGACCGGAGGGGAGGAGAAGUAGGAGGAGAAUCCCACAGUGUAACUUUGAAGCAGGUUGAAGGGCCUUUAAAGAGCGUGUGUUUGUGUGGAUGUCUGCCGUGAGUCAGUAGAGUUCACUGAACCGUCGCGAAGAGACGUUUCCGCCCACAAGAAAGAUGGCGGCUCCCUUGCUGGCGAAUCUUUCGGAGUCCUUAGGUUCCCCGGAGCCAGCAGUUCGACUAAUGUUAUCUAUUUUAAUCGGGUAUCCCUGUGCUCUGGUGUACCGGAAGUAUUUGUUCUACCAGACUGCCACCGUUAUAAACUUGUUCCACGCGAUAUCUGGACUGGCUCUAGCUGCAUUCAACUUUGGCCCUCAGAUCUAUCACUCUGCAGUAUGCGUCCUCGUCCAGUUCCUGAUGAUGAGGCUCAUGGGGAGGACGGUAACAACUGUCCUGAGCAGCUUUACCUUUCAAAUGGUGUACCUGCUGGCAGGGUAUUACUACACAGCGACAGAGGAGUAUGACAUCAAGUGGACCAUGCCUCAUUGUGUCCUCACACUCAAACUUGUUGGUUUGUCAUUUGAUUACUAUGACGGCGGGAAGGAACCAUCCGAGCUGAGUGCAGAGCAGAAGAAGUCCGCCCUCCCCUCGGUGCCCUCCCUGCUCGAGGUGUGCGGCUUCUCCUAUUUCUACGGAGGCUUCCUGGUGGGGCCCCAGUUCACGCUGCGCAGCUACCAGAAGCUGCUGGCCGGCGAGCUCACCGACAGCCCCGGAAAGCCUCCCAACAGCGUUACACCGGCUAUGAAGAGGUUUGCUCUGGGUUUUCUCUGCCUGACGAUAUAUACAAUAUUUAGUCCCUAUUACCCAGACAGCUACUUCUUAACAGAUGAGUUUGAGGCUCAGCCCUUCUGGUAUCGCUGUGUGUUUGUUCUGAUUUGGGCGAAAGUCAUCUUGUAUAAAUAUGUCAGCUGUUGGGUUAUAGCGGAGGGUGUAUGUAUAUUAUCGGGACUAGGCUACAACGGUGUGGUGGAUGGUGAGCACAGAUGGGACGCCUGUGCCAACAUGAAGGUGUGGGUCUUUGAAACCGCGCCUCUCUUUGGAGGAACCAUCUCUUCCUUCAACAUCAACACAAACGCCUGGGUGGCCAGACAUGUCUUCAAGAGGUUGAAGUUCCUGGGCAAUAAGACCCUGUCUCAUGUGACCACACUCCUCUUUCUCACUGUUUGGCAUGGCCUUCACUCCGGAUACCUCCUGUGCUUCUCCAUGGAGUUCUUCAUCAUCACCGUAGAGAGACAGGCCCUGGCGCUAGUGAAGGACAGUCCCUUGCUGACGAAGCUGGCCAACAGCCCUCUCUACCCCCUCAUCUAUUUAGUCCAGCAGUUUUUCCACUGGCUCUUCAUGGGCUACCCCCUAUGUUGCCGUUCUGUCUGCCUCUUCACCUUUGACAAAUGGCUCAAGGUGUAUACGUCCAUCUAUUUCUGUGGUCACGUAUUCUUCCUCGUAGCCUAUUUAGCCAUGCCACAUCUCCGAAAGGCGCUGGUGCCUAGGAAAGAACGGAGCGAGAUAAAGCAGGAUUAAAACUUGGUACUAAAACGGCAUGGUCCGACUAAGGCUAACUAUCCACUGAAGGGAACUGCGACUUUCGAGGAGCAGAAUGGAACAUAUUUUAAGGCCUUUAGUAAUAUAUAUGUCCAUGAAAAAAUAAAUUUCUAUAUAUUUUUGUGUUUUAAACGGGAAGGGUGUUUUUUAUAAACAUUCGGAGAAAUGUUUACAGGAAAUGACCAUCGUGCCACAUGGGGUAAUUGUGAGCCAAUCAGGAGCGAUUUCCUGUUUUUUUUUUUUUUUUGUAAAGAAACGUUGGACUUGUUGUUGAACUUGAGAGACUUUCAUGCUGUCGACACAGAAUUGCACUCAACAGUAACGGGUUCAGAGUCAACGGCUCCGAUGUGUUUUUUGUUCUCAUUUCUCUCUCACGUCUACCGCCCACAUUUUUGCAGCAGCGAGACUUCACAGGAGGUUAAAGCACAGCGCCAGCACAUGUGGCUCUUUCUAAUGUAAUACAACAAAAAUGCUUUGUGCAAAAAGACCUGAUUAUAAUAAUAAUAAUGAUAUUAAUAAUAAUUAUCAGGAGAGGUUAUUUCUUGAAAAUGGCUGCCAGUGGUUAUACAAGCACUGUAAAUCACACACUGUACACUAAUCCCCAACUCAAAAUGGCCUUGUAUUAAUGAAUGUUUUUACAGUACAUUUGUUUUGGUUUUUGAUUUGUGAUGGGGAUAUAAAAAAACUUGAUUUUAUAGAGUUUUAAUAUGAAAAAAAAGAACAUUUUGUAGCUUUGGGAUAAUAUUUCAUGAGAUAAUUUGCAUUGUUCCCUUACUUUUUCUCUGGUUUGAUGUUCCUUGAGGUUUUCUUUUGUUCCAUGUUUCCUCCUCUCCCUCUCUUCAGUCUCCUCCACUCCUCUGUCCUUCAGCUCGGAAAUGCACAGAUGCAAAAGUGAAACAUUGCAGAAGACGACUUGAACACUGCCCAAUAACACGCUCACUACAGUCAACUCUCUGCAUUCAUCCUAUCUCCACUAUGAUCUCCAUAUGGUGUUUUCAAAAUGACGAAUAUGUGAACUGGAAGCAACGGAAACAAAAAGAAUCACCGCUCUUCUGUUUGUAACAGCAGGCGGUAUUUAAAGAGGGUGAAGUAGAAGCAUCCCACUGGGGGAAUGCCUCUGGUUAGUUUAAUCUUGUUUGGGGGGUAGGGUUAUGGGGUAGGGGUAGGGGUAGGGGUGGGGGGCUGGAUUGUCUGAUCCAUGGCAUGCUGGAGGAAGCUGCUGCUGCUGCCGUCCGACACACACAUGGACAGGACGAACCUCACUGUAGCAACAGCCCAGAUUUUUAGUAAUAUUUAUACAUGACAUGGUGAUUAUUAAUUGAUGUGAAUUGCUAUUUCAAGAGACUACUUUUUUGCCUUAUUCCUACCAAAUGUACAAAAAGGAAAAACAAACUUGGGGAUGGAUUUGGGAAAGGGAGGGAGGGGAAGUGAUUUUCAAAUACAAUUUUAUAAUGUUCAUUAAAAAUGCUGCAUUUCAAGCAAG